CAGGCCCGCCCAAUGAGGAGUGCAAGAGGUGCAUUUGCACAGGGUCUCCAAAAUUAAGGGGCUUAAUUUAAUCCAAUUAAGCCAAUUAUUUAUCUCAGGCCAAUUAAGUACUCCCUAACACUCCCUCAUGCUCUGGACUCUUCCUUCUGAGCUUCUUUCUUUGAUCUCCAAUCUGACUCUUCGUUUCCUCUUUCAUCUGCUCUGUAUCUUGUAUUCCUCUUCAGCUCCUCCACCUUGUCGUAGCAAAACUCAAAAUCUCAAAUGCAUCGAAGAGGUUUCAAGCCUUUGUGGUGAAGGUGGCCAUCAAUGGCAGAGGGGCGACGAGGAAAGCUGACGAAAAAGCUUGAAUGGAACAAGAGACUCAUCAAUUGGAGAUUCAACCGAAUUGCCCAACUCCGAGAACAAAGAGCCCAACGCCAAAGGGAAGCGGAGGACUUUUAUGAAAAAGAAAAUGAGCGGAAAGACAUCGCCGGCGCUGAUCUGUCGGACACUCUGGAUGAAGGGCUUGGCCAUUCAUUCGUAUACAUGAAGCCCGACACGUCUUCAAGGACUCAUAUCUUCUCCAACGACUCCUGCUCUUCCACCACCACUACCGCCAGCUCCAUGACGACGGCGUUCUACACAAUCUCCGGCGCCUCCAUCUCCGCCAACACCUCCACUCCUCUCUCCACCGCGCUCUUCGACCUCGGCAUCGAAAAGGCCUCAGCUUUCGAGAGUUCGCGGCUCUUUUCCUCAAUUCCCCUGCAGCCAGUCCCCCGGUCCAGCCCCCUUCACCGCGUUUCAGGAAUCGGGUCGGGUCCGAUUUCCGGCGGGUUCUUAUCCGCUCCGAUUCCCGAGACGCAAUACGAUCAGGCCGCCCACAGGCACAAACCCAAAUCCAAGAAAUGGAAUUUCUUCCGGAAUUUAAAGAAAAUUAUACCCAUAGAUCUCAAAUUAGAAAAAGAAACCAAGAAUCGCUACGGAAUCGACACCCCGAGAAGCCAAACCGGCGAUGAAGAUGACGGCGAUUCAGGAAUGGCGUCGCCGGCGUCCCGGGGCGAAACCGUUCAAUGGGCACAGGGCAAAGCCGGAGAAGACAGAGUCCAUGUCGUGAUCUCCGAGGAACACGAUCUGGUUUUCGUCGGAAUCUACGAUGGCUUCAACGGCCCAGAUGCCACCGACUUUCUGCUGCAAAACCUGUACACAAACGUGUUCAGAGAGCUCAAGGGAGAGUCAGCCGACGUGUUGAACGCCAUGGCCGAAGGGUUGAAGAAAACAGAGGCGGACUAUUUGAACAUAACGGACCUGAUGCUGAAUGAGAACCCAGAACUGGCAUUAAUGGGGUCCUGUGUCUUGGCAAUGCUGAUGAAGGGCCAAGAUGUGUUCUUGAUGAAUGUUGGCGACAGCAGGGUGGUGUUGGCCCGGGUACCCCAUGAAUGCCACGGGAAUGGAAGGCCAAGGGCGAGCCACGACCUUUACAAAACCAUGUCGGACCUCAAACACACCCUGGUUUCUCAUCAACUCACGGUCGACCACACCACUUCUUCAAAAGAGGAAGUGAAGAGAAUCAAGAGGGAACACGCGAACGAUUCGUCAGCAAUCAAGAACGACAGGGUGAAAGGAUCGUUAAAAGUGACUCGGGCUUUCGGGGCAGCCUAUCUCAAACACCGCAAAUGGAACGAUGCGGUUCUUGAGGCAUUCCGAGUGGAGUACAAAGGCAACUCUCCCUACAUAAGCUGCACCCCAUCACUUCACCACCACAAGCUAUGCCCAAGGGACAAGUUCUUGAUCUUGUCAUCAGAUGGGCUCUACCAAUACUUCACCAACAGUGAAGCCGUGUCUGAGGUCGAGACGUUCAUGGCCAUAUUCCCAGAUGGGGACCCUGCGCAGCAUCUGGUUGAAGAAGUCGUGUUCAGAGCAGCAAAGCAAGCCGGGAUGGACUUCCAUGAACUGCUGGAUGUACCACAAGGGGAACGCAGAAUGUACCACGACGACGUCUCCAUCAUUGUUAUUUCUUUCGAAGGAAAGCUAUGGCAAUCGUCGAUGUAAUUAUGCCACAUUAGGGUUUAUAAAAUUUAGGAGAUAUUUUCCAUGAAAAAAAUAGGCCCCAUUUUUGCAAGUAGUUUUCACAGUAGUUUGUUGGUUUGGGGAGUGUAUGUACUUUGAGAAUCACCCCCUUUUUUGCUCAAAUGUGUUACAUUAUACACAACACUGAAAAAGAAAACUUUGUAUAAAGA